GUACUUGACCACAGCGGUUCGACCUCGCUCGUCCUUUGGAGGCCCUGUAUGCGGAAAGCCUUUAUUUCAGGGCUGAGCAGGAGUCUCACAAGUAAUAGCUCAUACGCCCAUACAUCUAUUUACCGCCUGUCCCGCUCGAAUCUCUGCGCCGCUGCCACGACAACGGCCUUAACCCUCACACUCAACCGCCCCCAACCGGCUUCCAGCCCCGUCCCCGUUGGCUCACUGCGCCUCUACUCCUCAAGCGCAACUACCCCGGCUGCUGCUGCUGCUGCUGUACACCACCCGCCUCGCGAUACACCCACCACUGACACGUCCAAGAUGAACGGCCCAACCUCCCAGCGCGCCAAGAGGAAACCGGGGUCGACCUCGUCGCUCGACGACCGUCCACCCAAGCACCAGCGAGCCCUGAACGGCGCGAAGCAGCAAUCCACUGGCGAUAAUACUCCGGAGGAGGACAUGUACGAUCAGGGUCUUGACGAUGAGGAUCUGCUCGCCCAGGCUCUUCUGCCGUCCGUCGGCCCAGAUACCGUCGAGUGGCAGGCCACCAUACAAAGGGUCGUCAGCAAUGUCGUCUCGAUCCGGUUCUGCCAGACUUGCUCGUUCGACACCGAUGCUGCCCUGACAAGCGAGGCGACUGGUUUUGUGGUGGAUGCUGAACGAGGAUAUAUCUUGACAAACCGUCACGUCGUCGGCUCUGGCCCCUUUUGGGGAUACUGCAUCUUUGACAACCACGAGGAGGUUGAUGCUUACCCGGUUUAUCGUGAUCCUGUACACGAUUUCGGUAUCCUCAAGUUCGAUCCAAAGGCCAUCAAGUACAUGCCGGUCGCGGCGCUUCCGCUUCGUCCGGACCUGGCCAAAGUUGGCGUUGAGAUCAGGGUCGUUGGUAACGAUGCUGGAGAGAAGCUCAGUAUUCUUUCAGGUGUCAUAAGUCGUCUAGACAGGAAUGCUCCUGAAUACGGCGAGGGCUAUUCGGACUUCAACACAUGUUACUUGCGGCUGCGAGUGGUGGCAGUUCUGGUAGUCCUGUUGUCAACAUCGAUGGCUAUGCCGUGGCUCUACAAGCAGGUGGAAGGGCUGACGGGGCAUCCACCGACUACUUUUUGCCCCUCGAUCGCCCGCUCCGAGCCCUUCAGUAAACCCAUCACCCGUGGUGACAUCCAAUGUCAGUUCUUGCUGAAGCCGUUUGACGAAUGCCGACGUCUUGGCUUGGCACCCGAAUGGGAGGCGCAGAUGCGCAAAGCGUUCCCCAAAGAGACAAACUUGCUAGUCGCCGAGAUCAUCCUACCCGAGGGUCCCUCCUCCAAUAAGGUGGAGGAAGGUGACGUUCUCCUCAAGGUCAAUGACGAGCUCAUCACCGAAUUUAUCCGCUUGGACGACAUCCUCGACUCAAAUGUCGGCAAGCCCGUCAAACUGCUACUGCAGCGCGGCGGAGAGGACGUGGAGGUCGAGGUCGAGGUCGGAGAUCUUCACAGCAUCACUCCGGACCGGUUUGUUUCAGUCGCCGGCGGCAGCUUUCACAGUCUGUCAUACCAGCAGGCGCGCCUCUACGGCGUGGCCUGCAAGGGAGUCUACGUUUGUGAGGCUACGGGUUCGUUCAGGUUCGAGACAAGUGACAAUGGCUGGAUCUUACAAACCAUCGACAACAAGAAGGUCCCCGAUUUGGAAACCUUCAUCCAAGUGGUCAAAAACAUCCCCGACAAGGCACGUGUUGUGGUGACCUAUAAGCACCUGCGCGAUCUGCACACCCUCAACACCACCAUCAUCUACGUUGACCGUCAUUGGUCAUCCAAGAUGAAACUGGCGGUGCGCAACGAUGAGACAGGUCUCUGGGACUUUACAGACCUGGCCGAUGCUCUUCCACCCGUUCCUCCCGUUCCUCGCAAAGCAUCUUUUAUCCAGCUGGAGCAUACCUCACAUCCUGCCGUUGCGGAACUCGUGCGCUCGUUCGUCCAUGUAACGUGUACAAUGCCGAUGAAGCUCGACGGCUUCCCCAAGAAUCGCAAGUGGGGCAUGGGUCUUGUUAUCGACGCUGAGAAGGGCCUCGUUGUCAUCUCUCGGGCGAUUGUACCAUACGAUCUUUGUGACAUCUCUAUCACCAUUGGUGAAUCAAUCGUGGUGGAGGGCAAAGUGGUCUUCCUUCAUCCUCUGCAAAACUACGCAAUUAUCCAGUACGACCCCAAGCUGGUAGAUGCUCCGGUGCAGAGCGCCAAGCUGAGCUCGGAAGAGAUCACACAAGGCGCCUCCACAUACUUCAUUGGUUACAAUAGAAUCGGCCGUGUGGUCCACACCGCCACCACGGUCACCGAAAUAUUCGCAGUCGCCAUUCCUGCCAACAGCGGAGCUCCUCGUUACCGCGCGGUCAAUGUGGACGCGAUAACAGUUGACACCAACCUUAGUGGGCAGUGUGGAAGCGGUGUGCUCGUCGCUCCUGAUGGUACAGUACAGGCCUUGUGGUUGACAUACCUGGGAGAGCGCUCCCCUUCGACACACCGGGAUGAAGAGUACCAUCUGGGUCUGGCGACGCCAACCUUGCUACCGGUCGUCAAACAGAUACAGCAAGGCAUUGUUCCCAAACUCCGGAUGCUGUCUGUCGAGUUCAGGUCUAUCCAGAUGGCCCAGGCUCGCAUCAUGGGCGUAUCAGAGGAGUGGAUCCAACAGGUCUCGCUGGCCAACACGUCACACCACCAACUUUUUAUGGUGACGAAGCGGACAUUCGAGCGUGACCAGGACGACAAAAGCGGCGCGCUGCUCGAGGGUGACAUCCUGCUCACCCUGAACGGCAAGCUGAUCACUCGCAUAUCUGAGCUGGACAUCAUGUACUCACACGAAUUUCUCGACGCCGUCAUUGUGCGAGAGACCAAGGAGCUCAAGCUCAAGCUGCCGACUGUGGCAGCCGACGAUGUUGAGACUGACCAUGCCGUCUCAUUCUGUGGCGCCAUCUUCCAUCGCCCGCACCAAGCAGUUCGUCAACAAAUCAGCAAACUAUACAGCGAGGUUUAUGUCUCUGCAAGGACACGCGGCUCGCCGUCUUAUCAGUAUGGCUUAGCUCCCACGAAUUUCAUCACCCAUGUAAACGGCAAGCGGACGCCGGACCUCAAAAGUUUCCUUGCGGCCGUUACCGCUAUUCCUGACAACACAUACUUCCGCCUCAAGGCCGUUACCUUUGACAGCGUUCCGUGGGUUGUGACGAUGAAGAAGAACGAGCAUUAUUUCCCCACGGUCGAAUGGAUUAAGGAUAGUUCCGAGGACUGCGGGUGGCGCCGUGUCACGUACGAGGGCGGCAAGGCAAUGGAGGGCGAGCCUUCCGAGGGUGUGCCGGCCGUCGAGGAAGAGGCUGGUGGCGCUGCCGACGAUGAUGUCCCCAUGACUGCCGCAGAGAAGUAG